AUGAAGCGCAAGGCGGAUUCGCGAAUUGACGACAAGAAGCCGUCCAAGAAGAAGUCCAAGACCACCCUUUCGGCCGACGUCGCAAAGUCGCGAUUCCGCAAGGGCCUCUUCGAAAAAGAAGUCCUCGACUCCUACACCUCCGAAUACGCGACAUCGUCCCCCUACAAGCACUCGGUCAUCAGCGGCCUCGUCGAUGAUACCCUCCUCCGCUCCGUCCGCGACGAGAUCCGCGAGAACGUCUCCUUCACCCCGAAAGAAACAGACAUCUACAAGAUCCACCAGUCCGGCGACCUCGCCAACCUCGACGGCCUCGACGACGAAGCCCUCGGCAAGCUGCCCUCCCUGCUCUCUCUGCGCGACGCCAUCUACUCCGAGACCUUCCGCAACUAUGUCUCCCACAUCACCGGCUGCGGGCCCCUGAGCGGCCGCAAGACCGACAUGGCCAUCAACGUCUACACGCCCGGCUGCUAUCUCCUCUGCCACGACGACGUCAUCGGCAGCCGCAAGGUCAGCUAUAUCCUCUACCUCACCGACCCGGACAAGCCUUGGAAGGCCGAAUGGGGAGGCGCUCUCCGCCUGUUCCCCGUCAACGAGCUCGAGGGCAAGGACGGCGAGGUCGCGAAGACGCCCGCUCCGGACCACACAAAGGUCAUCCCGCCCGCGUGGAACCAGCUCUCCUUCUUCGCCGUCCAGCCGGGCGAGUCGUUCCACGACGUCGAGGAGGUCUACCACGCCGAGUCCAAGGCUCAGCUCGAGCAGGACGGCGGCCGCAUCCGUAUGGCCAUCUCGGGCUGGUUUCACAUCCCCCAGGUCGGCGAGGACGGCUACGUCAAGGGCGCGGAGGAGAAGCAGGUCAAGAACUCGGGUCUCAUGCAGCUGCAAGGCAACCCGGACCAGCACGACACCCCGAUCCCGCGGCCCGUCGAGGCGAAAGACCCCGGCUCGAACCCGGCCGCGGCCUUCGACGAGGCCGGUCUCGAGUUCCUGCUGAACUACAUCACGCCGCAGUACCUGACGCCAGACACCCUCGAGCAGGUCGCGGCGCACUUUGAGGAGAACUCGAGCAUCACGCUCUCCAACAUCCUAUCCAAGAAGUUCAGCGCCCGGCUGAGGGACUACAUCGAGUCGCAAGAGAAGAAGGCCCUCCCCGAAGACGGCGCCAAGAUCGAGAAGAAGACGGCCUGGCGCGUCGCCCGCCCGCCGCACAAGCACCGCUUUCUGUACCAGCAGCCCGCCGGCGCCGACGAGCUCCGCAGUUCGAAAGAAGAGAACCCCCUGACGGAGCUCCUCGACCACCUCCUGCCGUCGCGCCAGUUCCGCGAGUGGCUGCAGAUGGCCACGGGCGUCGUCGUCGAGAACCACGAGUUCCUCGCCCGCCGCUUCCGUCACGGCAAGGACUACACCCUCGCGACGGGCCACACCGGCAAGCCGCGUCUCGAGUUCAACCUCGGCAUCACCCCGUCCAAGGGCUGGGGCGACGACGAUGACGAGGAAGAGAAGCCCGAAGCGGAAGAAGAGGAGAAGCCCAGCGGAAAGUCCAAGAAGGGAAAGAAGGGCAAGAAAGCAAAGGCGGAGCCCGAACCCGAGCCGGAGGACGAGGACGAACCGGUCGAGGUCGGCGGCCACGAGGUGUACAUGGCCGGCGACGACGGCGAGGAGGACGAGGAUGCGGCGAUCUACAAGUCGAGCGGCGACGACGACAACAUCCUCUUCUUCCAGGCGGCCGCGUGGAACAAGCUCACGCUCGUGCUUCGCGACAGCGGCACGCUUCGCUUCGUCAAGUACGUCGGCCGCGCGGCCAAGGGCGACCGCUGGGACAUCUCGGGCGCGCUCGGCAUCGACAACGAAGAGCUCGAGGCCCAGAUCCGGGGCGAGGGGGCGGGCUCCAUCCUCCAAGGCGCCGGUGAGCUGGACUCGGAAGACUCGGAGGACUACGAGUCGGUGUCUGAUGAGGACGAGGAGGACGAGGACGAGGACUCGGGGUCGGAGUCAUCGUGGAAUGGCUUUUCCGACCCUCCCAACGGGGCGGCGAGCGAGAGCGACUAG